CAAGGGUUUCCGUAGGAACAACGCAGGCGCCGCACUCUUCUUCUUCAAGGCUUCGACUCCGUCUUCCUCCCGUGUAAAUCAUUUUUUCCGGAUUCCACCCAUAUCGACAGAGUGAUUCAUAAUGGGGGCUCAGCCAAGAGUGAAAGCCUCACUUCGGCUUGGUUCAGAGACAUAUUCAGUUACGGCGGUGAAUGGCGAAAGUCUUUCCGAGCAGCUGGUUUCCAUGAAAGAAGAAAGCAUGACCAUAUUGAAGGAAUUCAUCACCAAACACAAUGUUCCCACCGAUGUCCCUGACGAUCUGGUUGAACCUUCUUCAGAAGAAGAAGAAGAAGUCUCCGAGAAGCCCCAGUCUAAAUCAAAGAAAACAAAAAUCAACUAAGACUGAGGAAUUCCAACCUCAAAAACUUGUAUGGAGUUCUUUCUAUGGUGUAUUAACUAUUCAGUAUUAGGUUUCUGAUGCAAAAAAUAGUUCCAUGUACCAUGGAAAUCCAUCUCUUACGGAUUGAUUUUCAGAUUUACUCCAAAUGGGUACUUUGUAUAAUAAAUUUCCAAGCUUAAUGCAUAGAAAAUAUGCAUCUUGCACAUUUCUUGUUUCUCAACUAAAGAUUGUCUGAAAGG